AUGCCCAGUGGCCAUGCACAGACCAGCGCCCUGCUUGCGACCAUCCUGACCUGCAACAUUCUGGAUGUCCGCGUCGCCGAGGGUCCUGAACUGCCUGGGGCAUUCAUCGCAGCAGCCCCGGCAGAUGCCGGGGUCAUCCUACCACUGCUCUAUGUUUGGCUGGUGGCCUUCUGCGUGAUGCUGUCGCGGACCCGCUUCGGCGGGCCGUUGGCCGUGAACAUCGGCGGCCGGCAGGUGGCACAGCAUACCUGCUUGCAGAUCCUCGUGGGUGCCGUGGUGGGGGUCUUCUUGGGCCUGGCGGCGUUCUGGGUGCACCUUGGCCAAAGCAGCCGGGACCUCAGCAUCGGAGCUCAGUUGAAGAACUCCUAG